AUGUGGAAGAGCCUCAUCUCCAACGGCCAACAGGCCACCAGAACGACUCGCCACCUCCACCUCCAACCAUCUACUGGUCUCUGGACACCGCCCGUGUCUGUCUCAACGCGGGGCACUUUCAGUACAUCAUCACAACUCCAGAAAGAACCCGGCCAAACGAAUUCAUACUCCAAAGAGCGCGAGAAAUUGAACCCGGAACGAUCGGAAGUUACCAAGUCCGGGACUGAUAGCGAAGUUGCUCACCACCCCUCGGCCUAUGAUCCACAUAAUACCUCACCAGAAAGCGAGCUUGAAGCUGCGGGGCAAGAGAAACAUGCCGAGGGUAAAGAGGGCAACCCAUUGAACAUGAGCCCUGCCAAUUCCGAUGUUAGCGCUUGGCGAAGGCCAACAGAAGGAGGACCGGAUCGCAACGCUGAUAAGACGUCGAUUAGUGGGAAAGGAAGUCCGAAGAAGGGACGAUCUAUACAUGUUAAAGAAGACGGGACUCAUGUCUCAUACCGGGACUGA